UGGAGUGUUUGUAUCCUGCCUCGCUGUGUCGCCAUUAAAGCCCGCUAGCUCGGCGCUGGGAGGUCGUUAAAGAGGUAAAAAAAAUGCUUUAAAAGAGCCGAGAGGAAGAGGGGUGGAGGCUCUCGCCCUCCGCCAUCCAACCCAGUCAAUAUGCGGCUGCUCUCGGCGAAGUGAGGGAAGCCCGAGUCGGUCGUCGGGGCAGGCGAGUGGCCGCGUCAAGUGCACUCUCCGCCGAGCUGAGAGCCCCUGCGAACGGCGGCGAGCCUCCUGGGCGUCGGUGCGACGAUGACCGAGCUGGUGGUGAAGUGGGCCUGUGAAUACUGCACGUUCGAGAACUGGCCGUCGGCCAUCAAGUGCACCAUGUGCCGCGCUCAGAGGCCCAGCGCGGGCGCCAUCAUCACCGAGGAGCCCUUCAAGAUCACCCCGGCUCUGGAUGCCAGCUUGCACCAGUGGGAUCCGGCGGAGUUAAGCAACAGCUCGUCCCAGGAGGGAUCCUCUUUGCUCAUUUGCCCCGAAUCCAGCGCGAGACCACGCGUUCGCGUCGCCGACGCCCCUGUGACUAGCAGCAAGUGGUCUUGUCACAUGUGCACCUACCUGAACUGGCCCCGGGCCAUCCGCUGCACUCAGUGCCUGUGUCAAAGGCAACACGCCGGCCAUCAAGGACGUCAGCAGGCCCGGAGCCCCACAGAGGCCCCCCAGACCUCGGGCUCCGGAUGCCGCCCUGCAUCCUCGUGCACCACCACAGACCCGUGUGAGGAGUACAACGACCGCAAUAGGCUCAACACGCCCGCACGCCACUGGACCUGCACCGCCUGCACUUACGAGAACUGGUCUAAGGUGCUCAAGUGUGUGGUGUGUGACCACCCGCGGCCCAACAACAGCCUGCUGGCCGAGCCCAUCCAACUGGCGUCCGAGCCCGAGCGGCAGCAGCCGUCCUCAAAGUUCAUCGAUGCGGACCGGAGCAACAGACGGGGCGUCGGGAGCCCGGCGGGGGGCCCGGGAGUCGGGGCGGUGGUCGGUUGCAGCGGCAGCCAAAGGAGGUCGCCUCCUUCCUCCAAGCGCGAGUCGGACGUGACCAUGGACUUUCAAAGGAUCGAGGUGGCGUCGGGGGCUGGAGUUGGGAUUAAAGAGGAGCUGGAGGUGGAUUACAAAAAACUGAAGCAGAUUAAGAACAGGAUGAGGAGAACGGAUUGGCUGUUCCUCAACGCCUGCGUCGGUGUGGUGGAGGGCGAGCUGGCGGCGGUGGAGGUGUACAAAACAUCGGGAGGUGACAUCGCCAGACAGCUGACGUCAGACGAGGUGCAUUUGUUGAACCGCUCCUCUGCCUUUGAUGUGGGCUUCACCCUGGUGCACCUCGCCAUACGCUUCCAUAGGCAGGACAUGUUGGCUGUGUUGCUCACUGAGGUGUCCCAACAGGCCGCCAAGUGCAUCCCAGCCAUGGUGUGUCCCGAGCUGACGGAGCAGAUCCGCCGCGAGGUGGCCGCCUCCCUCCACCAGCGCAAAGGAGACUUCACCUGCUACUUCCUCACCGACCUGCUCACCUUCACGCUGCCUGCAGACAUUGAGGACUUGCCACCAGCAGUUCAAGAAAAACUCUUCGAUGAGGUCUUGGACCGAGAUGUGCAAAAAGAACUGGAAGAGGAGUCGCCCAUCAUCAACUGGUCCUUGGAGCUGGCCACCAGGCUGGACAGCCGCCUGUACGCCCUGUGGAACCGCACGGCCGGGGACUGCCUGCUGGACUCGGUGCUGCAGGCCACCUGGGGCAUCUACGACAAGGACUCGGUGUUGCGCAAGACGCUGCACGACAGCCUGCACGACUGCUCCCACUGGUUCUACACACGCUGGAAGGAGUGGGAGUCCUGGUAUUCCCAAAGUUUCGGUUUGCACUUUUCCCUCCAGGAGGAGCAGUGGCAGGAAGACUGGGCGUUUAUCCUCUCGCUGGCAAGUCAGCCAGGAUCCAGCUUGGAGCAGACGCACAUCUUCGUUCUUGCACACAUUCUUCGCAGGCCCAUCAUCGUCUACGGAGUGAAGUAUUACAAAAGUUUCCGUGGGGAAACGCUGGGGUACACUCGCUUUCAAGGUGUGUACCUGCCUCUCCUGUGGGAGCAGAGCUUCUGCUGGAAGAGUCCCAUCGCCCUGGGCUACACGCGCGGACACUUCUCGGCGCUGGUGGCCAUGGAGAACGACGGCUUCGACAAUCGCGGCGCGGGCGCCAACCUCAACACGGACGACGACGUCACCGUCACCUUCCUGCCGCUGGUGGACAGCGAGAGGAAGCUGCUUCACAUCCACUUCCUGUCAGCGCAGGAGACGGGCAACGAGGAGCAGCAGGAGAAGCUGCUGAGGGAAUGGUUGGACUGCUGCGUGACGGACGGCGGCAUCCUGGUGGCGCUGCAGAAGAGCUCGCGGCGCCGUGACCACCCGCUGGUGACGCAGAUGGUGGAGAAGUGGCUGGACCGCUACCGGCAGAUCCGAGCCUGCGCCUCGCUGUCUGACGGCGAGGAGGAGGACGACGACGAGGACGAGUGACCCGGGUUCUUGUUU